GCAAACACGAGCCUAAGAAGCUCCACUUCAGAGAUUUUCAUGAGAAGUGGAGAGAAAAGAGAGACGGAGAGGAACGAUGGUGGAAACCAGAUGGAAUAAAAUGUUUCUUCUAUUGAUGCUGGUGCUUCAGUUCAGCGGAGCUCUGACCAGACAGCUUGACCUCUUCUCCACUGUCAGAGAUGGAGAUAAAGCCACUUUGUCUUGUGAGAAUGUAAUGGAUGAUCAUCAUAACUGUGACAAAACCACCUGGGUCUUCAGUAAUUCAAAAAUACCAUUAGCAGUAGAGCUGGUUACUCUUGGACAAAUUAAGAAUAAGACCAACAAAGACAGACUGAAUGUUACAGCAAAUUGUUCUCUGGUUAUAAAGAAAGUUACAGUUGAGGAUGCUGGUCAUUACUCCUGCAGACAAUAUAUAUCAGAGAAAGAAUUUCAAGAUGCUUGGGUUGAUCUGUCUGUUGUUACUGUGACUGAACAUAAAGACACUGAUCUGGUGACUCUAAACUGCUCUGUGACGACAAACAGACAAUGCAGACACACAGUGAAGUGGCUUUUUAAGGGUCAAGCUGUGGAUAAUGACAACCCAAACAUAAAGACAUCACAGUCUUCCUGCUCUGUUACUGUGAGCUUUGUGAAUAAUUUUUGGGGAUCAUCAAUACCAUAUCAUGACUGGUUUAAAUGUAGUGUAUCUACAGAGACUAAAAAAGAGCCACUGACCUUCAGUCUUCGUCCAUCAGGUGAGGACACAAAAACAACAACAACAACAACUGCAAAUAACACAAAAGGUGAUACAACCACAACAGGAUCUUCAUUCAGUGAUACACCAAAUCUCUGGUGGCUGUACAUUGUUGUGCCUGUAGUUGCAGUAGCACUUUUGAUAAUUGCUGUGAAAGUCACCAGAUCGAGGAGAACUAAAGGGAAAAACACACAAAGAAAUGGCAAUGUUGCCCUGACUUCAGAUCCUGCAGUGGCUCAGUCUGCACCUGAAAUCAGUCAGGACAUGGCUGAUCCUGAGGAUGGUGUUUCCUACGCCUCCAUCAGCUACACCAAGAAAGCCAACAGUAAAGCCAAGAUUCGGAGUAAAAAAGAUGACGAUGACACAGUAACCUACUCCACAGUGAAGGCUUCCUCACCUGAUCCCAGCAGCCUCUAUGCCACCAUCUACAAUCCCAACUCAGGUCCUUAGAUCACCGCUUCUGUUCAGAGCUUCUAAUCUAAAGUGUUGGGUCAUAACUACAGUGGCACAGUUUAAAAAGCAGAAGUCAAACCACAACAUUUUUACUGAAGGUUGCUUAAAAUGCUUCAUGAACUGUGUGAAUGUUGGGUUUAUUUUGGGUUUAUUUUUCAAGGUUUAGCAUAUAGUUUAUUUUCAAAAUAUAUAUUGACUGUAUUCUUCUGCAAAUGUAAUAAUUUAUCUACAUGAAGAUUAGUUUGAUAGCCUAUAACCUAAGUUUGAUAACCUAUCAUUAUCUGAUAUGCAGUACUUUGGUCAUUUCUGAAAUGAAUCAUUGUGAAAACGUUUGUAAGAAGGAUGUCAUGCAUCUAAGAAUGUGAGAAAUAGCCACCGAUAAUUAAUUUGAGGAAGUGGCUGAUUCUCUUUAAGAACCUACUAGUUUAGAGACGUUUGAGGACAAAAGAGGAAAGACAGACAGAAACGCAGAUGGUUAAAUUCAGAUGGAUUAAAAUGUCAUUAUUUCAUGUGGUGGCUAAUGGCAGAUGUGAUUUUUUGGAAAUACUUACAUUUGUCCCUUAAAAAUGGCCUUUGCACAAGGAUCAAAUGUGAACAUUGUUAGGCUCAUGUAUUAUGUUGCUGUGAUGCCACCUGUAGGUGAAAUGUCAGUUUACACACCAAGAGCAACCAAAUCAGUAAUUUUAUUUAGAUGGAACCUCAUCAUGGGCCUAUGUUAUUUAAUAAUGAAGUUUACAAAAUAGAGAGACUUUAUAGAAUAGAAAUGAUUACUUAAAAGCCAAGGAAAAAGAACUGUUUUUAGUUUAUGUCUAAAAAUUGCAACAUUUUGGGCAGAUCUGAGUUCUAAGGGGAACUGGUUGCAGCAGCAGCAGGCAGAAAAAUGACUACACACUUAUUACCACUUCAUCAUGUCUGAUCUGAACUCACCAGUCCCUGCAGAUCCGUGAGAGCUUCUGGGCCUUAGCAAACAAUUCUUCAAUAUAUUUCAGGCCCAGAUCAAACAGAAACUAGUGGACAAAAGGUAUUGCCUUAAGUUCAGCUCUAUAUUUAACUGGAAGCAAGUGAAGUGACCUGGGUAUUGAAGUAGUGUGUUCUCCUUUGUUGGUGUUUGUCGGUAUUCUAGCAGCAGCAUUUCCAAAGGUUUCAAAUGCCUAAAGGUCUUAUUUUGGAGGCCAUUAAGAAGUGCAUUAUGGUAGUCCAUUCUACAGAUAAUGAAAGCAUGAAUGGGAUUUUCUAAAUCUUAUUUAAUUUAGUUACAGCUUUGAUGUUUAGAUCUUAAUCAAUGACUACACCAAGACUGUUGUCUUUUUUAUUACUGCCCUGCACUCGUGGUAAGCUCUGAGAGCCAGGAGAGCUGAUAUGUCUACCAGUCAUUUUAAACUUUGCAGUUUUGUGUUAAAGAAGUAUUUAGGUCUGUUUUUAUUAUAUAAGCAAAAUACAUUUAAAUGUAACAGUAAAAGUUACCAGCUUGUUGGAAAAAUUACCUUUAUCAAUGUUAUAGUUUUCUAUGUUGUGUUAAAGAGAUUUUAAGUGAUGCAUUAUAAUUAGCCAGCUGCAACAGAGCUCACUUUAUGUAGUAUUUAUAUUCCUAGUUUAAUUUACUGGAUAACAAUGCUCUGUGUUUUAUUUGCUCUUUGUGUGGUUAUCUGAAAUUCAUGUUGGAGCUAAAGUCAGAGAAAAUCAGAGUUUUAGAAACGGGUUAAAAUUAUUAGUUAAUCUUAAAUAUAAGUAGCAAGUCUAUAUUUAUCAAAGUUACUUGUGAGGUGGCAACUUCACCUCUAUAUGUGUGUGUGUAUGUGUGUGUGUGCAUUACUUGUAAUUGAUGCAAUUAUUAAAGUCAUAUCAAGUUUACCACAGCUGUGUGACCGGUGGAAAAAAAAGUCAAAAUA